AUGAGACUAGCCAGCAGAAAUGUCCCCUUCUCCCGUAAUAGUAUUAUUACUAUGUGCUCUGUUUCGGCGAUAUCGAUUUCGUUUCCGACGUGUUCUCGUCUCCAUUGUAGUGUUCCGACAGAGCCAUCAAAAUCUAAUCUCAAGCUGAGCCGAAUUCGGACAAACCCAUCUCUCCAUUGCCACGUCCGAGUCCCUCCUCCUCGGAAUCGGAAGCUCACCUCUUGCGAUGGAGGCCUGAUCGAAGCUUUUCAGCGGCUGGACGGAUCAAUCGAAGCGUACGCCUACGUCCUUGAGCUCUGUGGGAAAAGCAGAGCAAUCUCUCAGGGUCGACAGCUACAUUCGCUCAUUUUCAAGACUUUCCCCGCAAUUGAAUUAGAAUUUUUGGCCGGCAAGCUUGUGUUUAUGUACGGAAAGUGUGGGUCUUUGGAUGAGGCAGAGAAAGUGUUUGAUGAAAUGCGCCACAGAACGGCCUUUGCAUGGAAUGCCAUGAUAGGAGCAUACGUUUCUAAUGGUGAACCUGCUUCAGCUCUCUCUGUCUACCGGAAUAUGCGGUCAUCUGAGGGCGUUCCUGUCCAUCUUCACUCUUUUCCUGUUUUGCUUAAAGCCUGCGCCAACCUUGGAGAUAUCCGGACUGGCACUGAGCUUCAUUCUCUGCUCGUUAAACUUCAGUACCAGUCGACAGAUUUUAUCGUCAAUGCUUUGAUUUCCAUGUAUGCUAAGAAUGGUGACCUAAGCGCAGCAAGGCGGUUGUUCGACGGGUCAGUUGAGAAAGGAGAUGUUGUUCUCUGGAAUUCUAUCAUGUCUUCAUAUUCCACCUCUGGCCAAUCUUUGGACACUCUACAACUUUUCAGAGAUAUGCAGAUGAAUGGCCCUCCCUCCAACACCUACACUAUAGUUUCAGCCCUUACAGCCUGCGAAGGUUUCUCAUUUGCUAAGCUAGGGAAAGAGAUUCACGCUGCUGCCCUUAAAUCAUCUCACUGUUUCCAAGUCUUUGUGUGCAACGCCUUGAUUGCAAUGUAUACGAGGUGCGGUAAAAUGCUCGAGGCGGGAAGGAUCUUUCGUUUGAUGGAUAACCAUGACGUUGUGACAUGGAAUUCUCUGAUUAAGGGAUAUGUUCAGAAUCUCAUGUACAGGGAGGCGUUUGAGUUCUUCUGUGACAUGAUCGCUGCUGGCCACAAACCCGACGAGGUUUCUUUGACCAGUGUCAUUGCAGCAUCAGGAAGAUUAGGCAAUCUGUUGGUUGGAAUGGGAUUGCAUGCUUACGUGAUUAAACAUGGCUGGGAUUCUAAUUUGCAGGUUGGGAACACGUUGAUAGAUAUGUAUUCCAAGUGCAACCACACAAGUUACAUGGGAUGUGUCUUUCUUAUGAUGCAUGAAAAAGAUCUUAUUUCAUGGACUACAGUCAUUGCUGGCUAUGCUCAGAAUGAUUGUCAUGUGGAGGCUUUAGAACUCUUCCGGGAUGUUGCCAAGAAAAGCAUGAAGACUGAUGAAAUGAUGCUGGGAAGCAUCCUUCGAGCUUGUAGUGCGCUAAAGUCCAUGCCCAUUGUCAAAGAAAUUCAUUGUCACAUCUUGAGAAAAGGCUUACUCGAUACUGUGAUACAGAAUGAGUUGAUAGAUGUUUAUGGAAAAUGCGGGAACAUGGGCUAUGCUACUCGAAUAUUUGAAUCAAUCAAAGGUAAAGAUGUUGUCUCUUGGACAAGCAUGGUUUCGUCUAGUUCUCGUAAUGGUAACGGAAACGAGGCUGUUGAACUCUUUCGACGCAUGGUUGAAACUGGUUUGGCAGCUGAUUCUAUAGCAUUGUCGAGUAUACUGUCCGCUGUAGCAAAUUUAUCUGCUCUCAUGAAAGGGAGAGAAAUUCAUGGCUACUUACUCCGUAAGGGCUUUUGCCUAGAGGGGUCCAUCGCAGUUGCUGUUGUUGACAUGUACGCAUGCUGUGGAGAUUUACAGAGUGCAAAUGCGGUGUUUGAUCGAAUAGAAAGGAAAGGUUUGCUGCAAUACACAAGUAUGAUCAAUGCAUACGGGAUGCAUGGCUGGGGAAAAGCAUCUGUUGAGUUGUUUAAUAAAAUGAGGCAGCAAAACGUCUCGCCUGAUCACGUUUCAUUUCUGGCACUUCUUUAUGCGUGCAGCCAUGCAGGUCUGCUUGACGAGGGUAGAAGGUUUCUCAAGAUCAUGGAACAUGAAUAUAAAUUGGAACCAUGGCCUGAACAUUAUGUGUGUCUGGUUGACAUGCUGGGUCGUGCAAAUUGUGUAUUGGAAGCCUUUGAAUUCGUUAAAAUGAUGAAGACAGAACCGACCACAGAAGUGUGGUGUGCACUCCUUGCGGCAUGCCGAUCUCACUCAGAGAAAGAAAUUGGAGAGAUAGCAGCUCAGAGGCUCAUUGAGCUAGAACCUAAGAAUCCAGGAAAUCUUGUGCUUGUAUCUAAUGUCUUUGCUGAACAGGGAAGAUGGGACGAUGUUGCAAACGUGAGGGAGAAAAUGAAAGCAAACGGAUUGGAGAAACACCCUGGAUGUAGUUGGAUUGAGAUUGGCGGCAAGGUUCAUAGGUUUAUAGCAAGAGAUAAGUCUCAUCCAGAGACCAAAGUGAUAUAUGAGAAAUUGUCCGAGGUUACUAGGAAAUUGGAGAGGGAAGCAGGUUAUCGAGCCAAUACAAAGUACGUUCUGCAUAACGUAGACGAAGGGGUGAAGGUUCAGAUGCUGCAUGGACACAGUGAGAGGCUAGCAAUUGCUUAUGGUCUACUCAGAACACCUGACAGAGCCUGUCUUCGGAUCACAAAAAAUUUACGUGUCUGUAGUGAUUGCCAUACUUUUUGUAAGCUGGUCUCUAAGUUAUUUAGGCGAGACAUUGUGAUGAGGGAUGCCAAUAGAUUUCAUCAUUUUGAAAGUGGACUGUGUUCUUGCGGAGAUUCUUGGUGAUCAAAGCGUGACAAUGCAUAUGUUCAUCAAUCCAGAGUCCAGACAGAAAUUAUUAUGUUAUUAGCUUCACAAGGUUUGGAUAUGGUCAUUUGCCUGUGUCAAAAAUAUACAAGUGAAGUCGUCAUCAUAGAAGUGUUUUGCACCAUCAUAGGGGAAGAGAGAGAUUGCAAGGGAAUUCAAAGUAAGAGACAAGGUGGAAACCUGAAAAAGGGGAAAAAAAUUAAAGGAAGAGCGCAAACAUAGGAGGGUGGUUAAUGCAAGCAUGGACCUUGGCGAAAAAUUCUUCAAGGAGUACAUAAGAAACGGUCAAGAUUUAAAAUAAGGUAAUUUGAAGAUCAAAUCCACAAGGGAAUAAGUGAAGCUGCCAGCAUGAUCUAUCUUUGGUUAAGAAAUGAAUGUGGAAACAUGUUGUUUAAACCCAGGCUAGGUCAUGUCUGACAGCUUCACUCCUUCCUGGUCUAGGACUAUCCACUGAUGAAACAUUACACAUGCCGACUGAAAGAAAGUUAGAAGUCCCAAACGCACACAGGGUUCUACUACAUGAAAUCGCUUAGUUUGAAAGAACUUGGAAGUCAGCGACCCUGACCUUGCGCUCAUCGGC